AGUCUAGGUACACAUUUUAGUUCGACUUUAUUCACUUCGUAGUGCCAUGGCUCGAUGAGCAUUCGAAAGUUUUCGUAUCAUGAAGUACUAAAGUGUCGAAUUCUAGUGGUUGUGUGGAAAAAUAUGUGUAUGUUGCUAAACUAAGGAGUUAAAAUUAUAUUUUAAGAUGAAUGAACGGCCAUCCAACAUACCUUUUUCUAUUAUUCGAGAACUAAGAUGCAGAAAUUGCCAAAAUAUAAUCAGUUGUGCUCCUGUGCACGUAUUACCGGAUGAAAAUGUAUUAUGUGGAAGGUGUAAACAAUAUGCAAAAGAAAUAUAUCGGAAUUACCCAUUCGAAGCGUUAGCGUCGAUGUUCUUCUAUCCUUGUCGAAACUGGGACGGUCGUUGUCCAAGGAUUCUUAGAUGGAAUGAAUGCAUGGUACACGAAGAUGGAUGUUCAUACGAAAGUGGCUGCAGUCGGUUCUGGAAGCACCCUAAAGCUUUUUUAAAAGGAAAGAGAGACAUGCCUUAUGGAGAUAUUAGACUAGUAGCCAUUCCAGAAAAACUUCUCGACUUCAUAAAAUGCAUCCAAUGCGAAAGUUAUCUGUCUUGUGAGCCAGUCUACAUCCGAUCUGAUGGUAAAAACAUCUGCCAUCGAUGUAUCCACUCCAACGGUGUCCCACCAGAUUGCAUCAGAAAUUUGGGAUACGAGAUAUUGUCCAGCAUCAUAAUAUUUCCUUGCGUGUUUAGAAACAGAGGUUGUCCCACGAGAUUAAAGUUUGGUACAGAUCUCUGGCACCAUGAGGCUGAGUGUUCCUACAAUCAGAUGUUCAAGAAGAGAAUGCCUGAAAUGGAAUCGGGUGUUUUUAAAAGUAAUGUGUAUGGCGAGUUAUCAGAUUUUGAACUAAAAAAGAAGUUAGUACAGUCAUUAAAAAACAAGCAAGAAAAGAAGCUCAAAAAAGCCGAAGAAAUUGAGGCAGCCAUAACAACAAGGAUGAGUUCAGAGGAUGGUUCCGACCGAGAUUCUGAUAAAUCUAAUUCCUAUGACAAACAUUUAUCCGAAGGAUCCAGCUCACCAUCACCAACAAGGUUGGAAGACAAAGACCAGAAACUUCUACCACCUAGUAAUGGAGAUUUUAAACCAGCAUCACCAGUUUUUGUGAACUCACCUACAGAUUUCCUCCAGUUCAAUUACAACAAUAUCCGGCCAAACAGUGAAAACUAUCACCAAAAUAUAAAUUUGGCUCAAAUUCAUUACGCAAAUCAAAACGGUAAUGCCCCAAACCAAAAUGUUGAUAAUGAAUACAUGCGAAACGUUUCUGAAAAUAAUCACUUCAAUCAACAUGGAUACUAUGAUGCUCCCUUAAGAAGUCCUUCUAUACUCAAAACCCCGCUGCAAGAACUAGAUUUCAAUCCAAUGGAUGGUCUGUCACCGAUUUACGUUAACCCUUAUGGACAAGGGUUGAUUCCGAAGCCUUCUUUUAAGGGGAUCGUAAGAACUGAUAGUCUGUCCAGUAAUAGGGAGUUGAUUCAAGAGUUGCGCGUUAGGCAGAGCAGGUUCAAGAAACCUAACGAGAAGAAAGAUGCAGAAAGUCCUUAUAAAGAGUGUCAAAACUUGGAAGAGAUUAUACAAGUACAUAAAACAAUAGAUCAAUAGAACCAUCUCCGCCAUAACUACCAUUUAUACAGAGUGAGUUUUAUAUAUGGAAACACUCAAUUAUCUCGAAAACGACUUCCACAAUUUUUAUAGAUUUUGAUAGGUAGGGAUUUUCUAAUGCGGUCGAUAUUAUAGUGCUAAUCACAUUGUUGUCAUAUUUUCCGUUUUUCUGGAAAUCUAAUGAACUUUCUUAUUUCAAAUGGAACACCCUGUAUAUUUUUUGCGUUUUGAAGUCCUUAAGAAAUACCGAUUAUUUUUGAUGUUAUAUUCCCUAUACCUAAAUGCCAUAAGUUCGAAGUUAUUGCUACAUUUAUUUAAAAAAAAUUUAAACAAAUUAUAAAAAUCAUUUUCUUUUUUGGCCCGGGUAAACACUAUUUUAGGUUGUUUGGAUCAUUGGGAACAAAAAAGAUCUUCCGUAAUUUUUCUCUAAAAUUUCAAGGUUCAAGAACACAAAUCAACAAUGUUAUUUUUGAAACUGCGAAGUACCCCAAUUCAAGCUCAAAGCUUAUUUUAUCAGUUACCGGUAAGUAAUUUGAGAUUGUUUAAUUGUAAAACAUUGUUUUUUAGGUGUUAAUGCAGCCCGAUCGCCCGUCCUCUCAUAUGCACUUCAUUAAAAAUUAAAAAGCAAUGUUAUACAAUAAAAGGAGGCAAAAAAUAUUUUGGCAAGAAUUAGAAGAAGAGUUGGGCUUGAAUUUAGGUACUUUAAAAUUUUAAAAAUCAUAUUUUUUACUUGUGUUCUUGAACCUUGAAAAUUGUCAUUAUUCGAUUUUUUCAGUUUUAAAUUGUUUAUAACUCGGAAACGAUUAAUUUAAGAGAAAUAUUACAAAAGAUCUUUUUUGUUCGCAAUGAUCCAAACAACCUAAAAUAGUGUUUACCCGGGCCAAAAAUUGAUUUUUAUAAUUUGUUAAUUUUUUUUAAACAAAUAAAUAAUCAUAAAAAAAUCAGUAUUUCUUAAGGACUUCAAAACGCAAAAAAUAUACAGUGUUCCAUUUGAAAUAAGAAAGUUCACUAGAUUUCCAGAAAAACGGAAAAUAUGACAACAAUGUAAUUUGCACUAUAAUAUUGGCCGCAUUAGAAAACCCCUACCUACCAAAAAAUAUAAAAAUCGUCCAAGCCGUUUUCGAGAUAAUUGAGUGUUUCCAUACAUAAAACUCACUCUGCAUACAUAAAUGUAUAUUUAUUUAUUAAUAAUAACUAUUACACGAACCACAAAAAAAUGGGAUAGGAACUCAAAAUAAUCUAUUAUUGUAACAGUUAUACCGUAAGGCACUGUAAGGUAAAAAAUACAUCAUGGUCAUUUAAUAUAAUUCAAUCCUUUGAUUUAUAUGUAUGUAUAUCUGUUAAUUUUUAAAUAUCGUAUGAUUAUAAUAAUUUUAAAUUAUUUUAUUAAAGCGUUUAUCAGUUA